AGAUAUAGCAGAGUUGUGAUCUAAAACAUAAUUACUUGUACUCUGUCGUUGAAGAUGAAAGUUGAGAUCAUAUCUAGAGAGCUCAUAAAGCCAUAUACUGCCACUCCGCCUAGCUUUAAGAACCACAACAUCUCAUUAAUAGAUGAAUUAUCUCCGAAUUUGAAUGUUCCCACCAUUUUCUAUUACUCAGCUGCUACUGAUCAACAUAUCACUACUAGUAUUCCAUUAGUGCAAAAGCACUUGAAGAAUUCACUAUCAAAAGUGCUAACUAGUUUUCAUCCCUUCGCUGGAAGAUACUGUAUCGAGAGCCGGUCUGUUGAUUGCAGCGAUCAGGGUGCUGAGUUUGUGGAAGCCAAGGUUGAUGUUCGGCUCGAUGAUCUUCUCAACCAAAAGAAGGACUUGAAAAUUGAGCUGCUCAACGAGUUACUUCCGUGCCCAUUAGGUGCAGUUGAUGAGUACAAGGAUCCCUUACUUGCAAUUCAAGUGAAUGCCUUCAGUUGCGGUGGAUUUGCUGUUGCAGUCUGUAGUUCACACAGAAUUGCUGACAUGACAACGACGAUAUCAUUUGUCAAUGCAUGGGCUAAUGCUGCAAAGCAAGAACUCGAGCACGUUGACGAAAAUGACCUGCCAAUCCCCUGGAAUUUCGACUCAGCCUUACUGUUGCCAGGACAAAACUCACCUUGUCUCCCUUCUGGACUUACGCGGGAAAAAGAAAAUAUUGAAAUUCAUAAGCUGGUCACAAAAAUUUUCACCUUCACCGAAAGCAAGAUUUCAAGCAUCCGCGAAAGAGCCAAAGGAGACGGCUCCAGCAAGAGCUCACCUACUAGGGUACAGUCUGUAUUCGGUAUCAUAGGCAAGGCUAUUAUUGAUAUUCAUGUAGCCAACCCGGAAAAUCCCAAGGGCUAUAUGGUAAUCCAGGCAGUGAAUAUGAGAGAGAGAACAAUUCCACCUCUUCCCAAAAAUCAAUUCGGAAAUCUCUACCUAGUUGCCUGUGUUCAAUCAGUUGCAGGUCAGGGAGGAGUGGAGCUUCCGUGCUAUGUUGAUAACCUUUCCAACUCUGUCAAGAGAGCCGUCGAUGACUGUGGUGUGGUACUAUCAUCGGGAAAGGAAGGACAGACGUUGUUAAGUCAGAAAUUGGGGGAGAUGCUUCAAAGUCUUUCUAGUCCUGAAAUUUAUUUUGCCGGGACGUUUAGCAGCUGGUGUAAGUUUCCGCUUUAUGAGGCUGAUUUUGGCUGGGGAAAACCCGUGUGGGUCAGUGCUGCCAACAUCCCCAUGAGAAAUACAGUAGUCUUGAUUGAUGAGAAAUCCGGGGGAGGGAUUGAAGCCUGGGUGAGUUUGGAUGAGAGUGACAUGCAAAAAUUCAUAAUGCAGAGCGAUGUCAGAGAAAUCAAGGAUUGUAACUAGUGUGAUGUCACAUUCUGUUUAUGCAUACUAGUGUUUGUCAGUAAAUGGAAUCAGUAUGAGAGGGCAUACCCCAGAAUAAAUAUACUACAGGGUGGUCACAAAAAUAACUUUUGAGCGUACAGGGUUGAAAUGAUAAGAAUCGACUACAACUCUACAAGUAUACAGCUUGGCGCUUGCUCAUAUGAAUUUGCAAGAACAUCUCCAACAAGGGGUGCAGUGUCUUGCUAGGAGUACUGCUGAUGGUUUUAGCUAGGGAUGAGCAGAAACCGAACCGAGAACCGAAACCGAACCGAAAACCGCAAAAACCGCACGAAACCGCACCGAAUAAAAACCGAACCGAAUAAAAACCGCACCGAUAUUUUGGUUUUGGUUUUGGUUUUAAAAUUUUUAAAACCGAAUACAAACCGAACCGAACCGCAAUAAUAUUUAUAUUUAUUUAAUUAUUUAUUUUAUAUAUUUAUAUAUAAUAUAUAAAUUAUAUGUAUAAUAUAAUAUAUAAUUAGCUAUGUGAGUUUUGGUAAACUGCCCUGUCCAGUGCCCAGUGAUUCUAUUUAGGCCCGGCUGCCAGCCCAUUUAUUUGCAUAUUUUAAUUCUGAAGUAUUCACUGUUAAGUAAGAUUUUGUAAUUCUGCAUAUUUUAAUUUGAUUCAGUGUAUUUUGAAUUCGAAAAUGUAUCUGAGAUUCUGAAAUGUUGCACAGAUCUGUU